AUGUCCUCACGCUCCGAGAGGCACAACCAAUCAUCGGGCAAUGGGACGCUUCAUAGUGGCUACGACAUGUCACAGCGCGAGAUUCCCGUCACAAAAUCCGCAUCUGAGGGCAUGUCGCGCGUAGAGCAGCGACUCCGCAUAGUGAAAAGCAGCCGUGUGCGGUGGACGACUGACACGCAGGGUGAGACCUUGGAUCCUUCCCCGCAGCCGUCUGUGUCAUCCAUCCCAACAGCGGUGGAACCACCAUGCGCCACAUACCCUGCAUUUGACCUUGCACGCCUGUCGAAGCACGAGCAGCAUAUAGUUGACGCUCUUUUGGCGGAGGUUGUCGAUGCUGUUGCUUUCCCCAGUGUGCAGGAUGAGUUGGCCCAGUGA